AACAGGCCAUCGAGAGUCACUUGUAGCUGGAACGAGCCGCCUCAUCACGUCUUGAUAGCCUCCCGCCAUGGCCCCAAAGAAGAAAGACGAGCCCGCACCUGUGGCUGCCCCCAAACCGCCACCAGAACCAGAGCGUCCCAAGACCCCCGUGUUCAACCCCUCAUCUAUUACGCUGGAAUUCACCCCUGAGCAAAUCGAAGAUUUCAAAGAUGCAUUCCAGCUGUUUGAUAGAACUCCCAACAGUGAAAUGAAGAUCACCUAUGGCCAGUGUGGUGAUCUCAUCCGAGCCUUGGGACAGAAUCCCACAAAUGCCGAGAUCAUGUACGUGCUUGGAAAGCCCAAAGCAGAAGACAUGCAGUCCAAGAUGCUGGACUUUGAACAGUUCCUGCCAAUCCACCAACAUAUCUGCAAGGCGAAAGACCGGGGCACCUUCGAGGACUUUGUGGAGGGCCUGCGGGUAUUCGACAAAGAGGGCAACGGCACCGUCAUGGGCGCUGAGUUGAGACACGUCCUGGCCACGCUAGGUGAGAAGAUGCGUGAGGAUGAGGUGGAGCAGCUGAUGCAGAACCAAGAGGAUGCCAAUGGAUGCAUUAAUUACGAAGCUUUUGUCAAGUAUCUCAUGGCCUCUUGAAGGAGACAUGAUUUCAAAGUCCACAGUGGUGCUACCUAAUUAGGUGUUAUGUUGACAAUUUGCAUUUGUUGGUUUUCCUCCUUCAGGUCAUCGGGACAACAAGAAAAUAUUAAGUGUGACUGUCAAUCUGUCUAGUA